CUGAGAUGGAGAAUCCUUAAAGGUAUUGUGUCAUUGGGAGGGGGGAAAGUAUAGAAAACUCAUUAAUCCAUUUUACUUUGUUUACAGAACUCAAGGAGAUUGCAUUGGGGAGAACGUCCAGCGAGUCCUGCCAUGGUCUGUCUACGAGGUGGCUGCAUCAGGGGAAGCGGCCAGCGAGUCUUGCCAUGGUCUGUCUACGAGGUGGCUGCAUCGGGGGAAGAGUCCAAGGCAUAUGGUGUUUCACUGAGAAGGAGAAUCCUUAAAGGUAUUGUGUCAUUGGGAGGGGGGGGAAAGUAUAGAAAACUCAUUAAUCCAUUUUACUUUGUUUACAGAACUCGAGGUGGUUGCAUUGGGGAGAACGUCCAGCGAGUCCUGCCAUGGUCUGUCUACGAGGUGGCUGCAUCAGGGAAGCGUCCACUGAGUCCUGCCAUGGUCUCUCUACGAGGUGGCUCCAUUGAGGAAGCGUUCAGGGAGUCCUGCCCUGGUCUGUCUACGAGGUGGCUGCAAUGGGGUAGCAUCCCAGGCAUAUGGUGUUUCACGGAGAUGGAAAACCCAUAUAGAACUAGAUUAUGGCUAUUAUCGACAAAGCUCCCAUUGACAACUGCAAGGAAAAGAGGGCCUCAUCUACAUUUAGAUCAACCCUUAGUUCCAGCAAGUCCUGCCAUGGUCUGUCUACGAGGUGGUUCCAUUGGGGAAGCGUCCCAGGAUUAUGUUGUUUCACCGAGAUGGAAAACCCUUAAGGAACUCGAUUAUGGCGAUUCUCGGUGGAGCUCCCACUGACAACUGCAAGGAAAAGAGACCCACAUCUACACUUCAGCUACUUCCAUCAAUCCUUAGUGCCAGCGAGUCCUGCCAUGGUCUGUAUACGAGGUAACUGCAUGAUGGAAGCGUCUAGUGAGUCUUGCCAUGGUCUUUCUACAAGGUGUUUGCAAUGGGGAAGUGUUCAGCCAGUCUUGCCAUGGUCUGUCUACGAGGUGGCUGCAUUGAGGAAGCGUCCAGCGAGUUCUGCCAUGGUCUGUCUAUGAGAUGCCUGCAUUGGGGAAGUGUCCAGCGAGUCCUGCUAGUUUUCUACGAGGUGGCUGCAAUGGGGAAGUGUCCAGCGAGUCCAGCCAUGGUCUGUCUACGAGGUGCCUGCAUUGGAGAAGUGUCCAGCGAGUCCUGCCAUGGUCUGUCUACGAGAUGGCUGCAUUGGAGAAGUGUCCAGCGAGUCCUGCCAUGG